AUGAUGUUCCCCAGCCUCAUCGCCCCGCCGGCCGUCUACCCCAGCCUCCUGCGCCCGACCCCCACCCUCACCUUGCCUCAGUCGCUGCAGUCAGCUUUUUCCAGCCAUUCCAGCUUCCUGGUGGAAGAUUUGAUCCGGAUCAGCAGACCCGGUCAGCUCCCGCCGCGCUCCGCGCCCGCGCAGCCCCCGCGCAGGCGGAGAGAAGCCGCCCGCUGCCCCGCCACGCUGCUCCCCGCCCUGGGGCCCUGCCGUGUGUGUGUCCUGUCCCCCCGCCCCGCGUCCCCCAAAUCUUUCCGCUCCCGCCGGAUUUCUGCCGUUUACAGGCGGAUCGAGCUUACCGCGGGCACGGCCCGACUUCCUCCUCCUCCUCCUCCUCCGCCUGCCUCUACCGUGGUCCCCAUCCCUGGCACCUUCUCCUGGCCGCUGGCUGCCCGCGGCAAGCCCCGCCGCGGCAUGCUGCGCCGGGCCGUCUUCUCCGACGUGCAGCGCAAGGCGCUGGAGAAGAUGUUCCAGAAGCAGAAGUACAUCAGCAAACCUGAUAGGAAGAAGUUGGCAGCCAAGCUGGGCCUUAAGGACUCGCAGGUGAAGAUCUGGUUCCAGAACAGGAGGAUGAAGUGGAGGAACUCCAAAGAAAGAGAGCUCCUCUCUUCUGGUGGCUGCAGAGAACAGACCCUACCCACCAAGUUCAACCCUCACCCAGACCUCAGUGACGUAGGCAAGAAGUGUUCAGGAGAGGAGGAAGAGGAGGAAGUUCCCCCCGUGUGCCCACCCAGCCCCCGGCACCCCUUAACCUACCAACAGUCCCCAGAACACCUACACCUGAGGGACAGACUGGACUCCCAGAUGUCUCCUUCUCCAUCCCAUUCUAGCAGCCCCAGCAAACCUUCAGACUUCUCAGACUCAGAAGAAGAGGAUGAUGAAGGGGAAGAGGAAGAGGAGGAGAUAACGGUCUCUUAGAUCACCCUGCCUGCCCCUACCAUCACAUGGAGACGUUGCAAAGAUGUAAAUAAACAGAGGGCUAUAAAUUGAAGAGGUGAUGUCCCACCCAAAUGUCCACGUACUUCUCCAGUGCAGGUUCUUUAUCACAUAGCUGAAAGACAUUCUACUUCUAGGUUUUCCUUUUUUUUUUUUCCCCCCCCAUGUGGAGGUUUUUUGUAUUCAUAGCAUCUGCUAACCUUUUUAUAACUCUCCGCUUAACAAUCAACAUUUGCU